AUGGCGGCCGCAGUGGCACCGAGCCCAGGCAAUGUUACCCUCCACGAGAUCCGGCAGAACCAAGCUGCCCUGAUGAGCCGGAUCAAUGAAGCCGUGUACUCUAGUAAAGAAGAGACGAUUCCUUUGAUCGACAUCGGCCCUUCUCUCAACGGUGAUGGGGCAGCUAGAAGGUCUGUCGCUGCUCAGAUCGGGAAAGCAUGCCGCGAGAUAGGCUUCUUUCAGAUCACCAACCACGGCGUCAGUUUGGAGGCCCAGAACGGAGUGCUGGAGCAAGCCAAACGAUUCUUCCACCAAUAUCCACAGGCUAAAAAAGAGGACUUACACAUCAACAACUCGGCUCUAUUCCGUGGCUGGGAGCCCAGCGACGUGUCGAAUGUGAAUCCUGACGACUGGAACACCAUGGGCAAGGAGACCAAAGAGGCUUUCAACUGGGGAUACGAACCCAAACUCGAUCCCACAGGCGGCGACGGCAAGUAUGUGGAGUUAGACCUGGUUUCAUACCCAAAUGGGGCAAACGUGUGGCCCAACGAGGAAGAUCUUCCUGGGUUCUUUGAGAGCAUCAGGAAGUACCACGGCGAGGUCCUAACACUUGCACGUCAUCUCCUAAGACUCUUCGCCCUAGCUAUGGAACUAGAAGAGUCCUAUUUCGAUGGGAUGACGACGCACCCGGGGACCAUAGCUCGCCUGCUGUACUAUCCUCCGCAGAAGCCCAAGUCGACACCAGAUUCAGCCAAGCAAGAAGAAGAGAUCGGCCUAGGUGCGCAUACGGACUAUGAGUGCUUCACGCUGCUCUUGUCCGACGCGAAUCCCGGAUUAGAGGUGCUUUCGCCAACUCUGGACCCGGCUUCGGGCCGGCCGAAGUGGAUCUCAGCUCCUGCGGCGCCGAAUAGCCUGACAGUCAAUAUCGCGGACUUCUUUCAGCGGUGGACGAGCGGGCAGUUUAAGAGUACUGUCCAUCGGGUUGUCAAUAGGAGUCCUGAGAAAGAGAGAUACAGUGUGCCGUUCUUCUUCUCGGUCAACUACGAUCAGAAGGUCUCAACACUGCCAUCACCUGAUUCAGAGGGUGGCACACCAGAGGUCGACGUGAUACAGGCCGGACCAUGGGUGCUGGAGAGGCUGCGAGCCACGUUGAAGCAAGAGACAAAGUGA